GUUGCAUCAACUUUACGUUUUCGCCUGCAACUAUAUAAAACGGCCGAUUCCAUUCUCUCUGAAAUUGUUCCCAAAUCACCCUCUUUUCUAUUUUCCAUCCAUCGUGGCCGUUAGAGCUGGACGUCGAGUUCAGUUCACCGUCGCUUGCUCGCCAUGAACUGCCCGUCCCGAACGGAGCAUGAUCCUGACCGCCCGGACUGGAAUCAGAACCCACCGGUUCUAUCUCCCGAUCUCACCGCGCGGCAGGAUCUCAAUGGCCGUAUAAACGCUACCCAAUUCCGGGAGCUAUCCUCUCAUUUCUCGUCUCUCGGGUUCGCAGCCGGUGCCGAUGAAGGCCCCGAGAAGGGACUCGACGUCCCUCCUGGCUCCAAGCACCGCCCACCCUUUGCAGAUGCAAAACUUCCUCGUGAUUACUACGAAGAAUUUUGCGCUGCAAGUCGUCAGAUGCCUUACAGGGUAAAGACGUUAAAGUCCUGGUUCCAUCAUGGCUUGCUAUGGUGGCUGCCAGCAAUUUCAAUGGCCGUAUUCUCUGUCUACUAUAUGGGAGUUGUCCUCUCGACCUUCCGGCCCCGGCAAAAACUAGCGACGGCCCGCGUCGUAAAGAGAGCCGAAAGCUGUCAAACUGGCAGCAGUAAACCAAACUACAGCGUUGGCCUGCAUGUCGCUGCACUUGCUAUCAUUUUAUUCGUAUCCUUUGGGGCCUGUGCAUUUCCAAUGCUUGCGGUCAGGUUUCCACGUCUACGAAUCCCGCAUUCUUUCCUUUUCUUCGUGCGACAUUUUGGUACCGGUGUCUUGAUUGCCACAGCAUUCGUCCACCUCUUGCCCACCGCUUUUGUUUCACUUGGAAACCCAUGUUUAUCACAAUUUUGGACGGUGGACUAUCCCGCAAUGCCUGGCGCCAUCGCUCUGGCAGCCGUCUUCCUUGUUACCACGGUAGAGAUGGUUUUCAGCCCCGCUAGACAUAUCUGUGGUGAUACCAGGGGAGUCACCCAGAUGAUCUGCCAUCAAGAUUCAACUCCUACAGGCCACCAGGGUUACGGAGCAACGGCCAGCCCCGUGGAAGCUCUGGAAGGCGGAAAAUCAUCCGACUCCGAUCCUCAUCUUCGCGGAGAUUAUGGAGUCCGUAGCCCUAUUUCUCGUCAAUCUACGGCUGAAGGGCCUGAAAUGGUGACGGGGACUAACGCGGUCAACCGGGAGGGUGCUGAAAAGGACGUGCCCGAUGUGCAUGCUCCUAUCGUUCUAACUCCCGAGCAGAGGACCCGAAAAGCGUUUUUACAAUGCGUUCUCUUAGAAGUUGGAAUUUUAUUCCACAGUGUUUUUAUUGGAAUGGCGCUGAGUGUUUCCGUCGGAAACGAGUUCGUCAUUCUGUUGGUUGCGAUUUCAUUCCACCAGUGUUUUGAAGGUUUGGCGCUCGGCGCGCGUAUCUCAGCCCUUUCCUGGAAUCCAGAUGCCAAACAGCCAUGGCUCAUGGCUCUCGCAUACGGUUGCACAACCCCUAUUGGUCAAGCCAUUGGCUUGGCUACACACUCCCUGUAUGACCCCGAUUCCGAAGUUGGCCUCAUCAUGGUUGGCACCAUGAAUGCAAUUUCGUCGGGUCUGCUUGUUUACGCCUCUCUCGUGGAGCUUUUGGCUGAGGACUUCCUCACCGAUGAAAGCUGGCGAAUCCUGAGAGGGAAAAGGCGCAUCUUAGCCUGUUUACUAGUCUUCCUUGGCGCAUUUGGAAUGAGUCUAGUUGGAGCAUGGGCGUAAUAAGGCCUCUUGUACAGGGAUUUGGUCGAAGAAUUACCCCGAGAAUGGGUGGUUCUUGAGUGGGGGUACCGGAGACGAAUUCAACAUUCUCUCGGUGAAGUUUUGCACACGUUUUUUUACCCUCUGAUUUCAGGAUUGGAAUCUCUUCGAUGUCGGUUGGUAUUGCGAUUUUUUGAGCUCAGCUGCGGGCGGACGGUCCUGGAGCAUGGGAUGAGUCUUGCUCUAUUUCGCGCAGGCGAGUGCGCUAUUUGGAUUCUACGUCGCGGGAUAUUUUCUCACUUGGGGGAUUAUUUGUUUUUUCUUUGCUCUUGAAUUCUCGUGGAUGGAUGGAGUUUCUCCCCUCUCCACAUACUCUCAUAUUUGUACAUAUCUCAAAGGGCCGACUGGUUAUCGCAUCCUUGAGACUUAAUUUUUUAUCCUAGUUUUCGAUACGUACUGUACAUCCAUACCCAAGAUAUCUACGGAGUAUACUACAGAAGCUAUUUAUAUGAAAUAUGCGUUUUGAA